CUCCCCGCCUCGUGGCUACGCAACAUGAAUCGAGUCGCUAGUGGUAGAAGCAACCCAUCUCACGUAAAACGUUCAGAUAUCGCUAACGCGAAUACCAUCUCUGAUAUCACUGAUCUGCCUCAUGAAGUCUUCCUUCUUAUUAUAUAUUACCUUUCACCAACCGAAGGUGUACUCUGCCGUCGCGUAAGCCGAACUUGGAGAGCAGUCUUCACGAGCGAUGACGUAUCAUGGAACCUUAUGAGAUGCCAUUUUCCCCGCGUGCGGGAGAUGAGAAAUGCGGCCGGAGAUCUGGAUCGCUCGGCCUGGGCUCACAUAUUCCCCAAAGUCGCUCGUCGGUAUUUCUAUCUGCGCUCUGCUACGCCCAGGGUAAUUGAAACCAUUUCGCAAUGGCAAGGCAAUGGAUUUUGUCCAGUUCCAGACUGGGAUCGUUGGCUGGAGUGGAAUUCAAACCUGGCUAGUCUCCAGGUAAGAAACCCCAACUGGUGCCUGGACGAUGGGCUUCUCAUCUACCGAGAUGUCAGCGGUGACUACGUUGCCUACGACUUGGAAACGAGUCGUUGCUUCUCAGUCCCUUUUAAUCCCAGUGGUAAGAUAGUUCGACGAUUACGACUGGCGCACGGUAUUCUAGUGAUUGAAUGGUACAAACCAGAAGAGAAUCCCAUACCUUAUGUCACAAGCUUCAUCGAGCAGUUCGCUACGGCGUUUGACGUGCGACAAUCCACGGAAGCAGAGUCGGCGGAUCUCCCAGGCUCUUGGGACAUCCAAUUUCGAUCUGAGUGGAGACUACAUCAUGACCCCUUCCCUUACACUGAUCGUUUCUUCUCAGCCCAUACGGCGACACACUACGCACUCUAUCUCUGGCAAGAGGACGGGGCACCCCCAGGAGAAGUGCUGGUGGAACAGCUCACCGUAUGGGAUAUCAGGUGCGCUUCGCCGUAUCGUCCAUCGGAGGACUCAGGGCCUACGCAGCCAGGACCCAAGAUCAUUAAGAUGUUUAAGAAAGAUGAUCUUGAGUUCCUUAAUAUCCGCCAGGGCCGAAGGCCGAUGUUCCAUGAUAUAUGGCUCGACGAAGCAAAUGUAUACAUCCACGACGAGUCACACCGUUGGCUUAUGGGGCCUCAAGCUCCCAUCAACCUACCACGUUGCCACUACGUGCGCGCUACCGGGAUUCCGUUCUCUGGAAUCGGGCCCCGUUGGUUCGAUGAAUGCGGCGCGGACGGUAAUGUCCACAUGAACUUCUGUCCGCGAGCCGGAUCCGCUGCACACCGCGGCCCUAUUGACACAUACCGCUUCGAUAAUGCAUGGCCUGGUUGGGCCCCCUGCUGGCGACACGAAGAGUUCCCAUAUCUAACAGUUAGUGAUAUGGUAGAUGCGCAGGCCUGCGUGCGUAUCGUGGCACGCCAAUGCUUCGGCAUGGAGACGCUGUCCUCGUACGUGCUUCCCAGUAUCAGCUCUAGGGCCGAGGCCGACUUGGAAGGUGUAUUCGAUCAUGAAGUCCGCUUUGCGGAUGAUUUAUGGUGGCAGUUGGCUGCGGGUGGCCACAUUAUGGGUGAUGAGAGAUGGGUGGUUGGGGAAAAUCAGAAUGGUGGCAUCACUAUUAUGCGUUUCUGACCUCGUCAUCCUUUUCUACAAGCGCGAUGCGAACUUGCUGUAUAUUCGAACCUUGCCUUGCCAUGUUCCGUGCAUGAAUUUGAUGUGCAGAUUGACAUCACAUAAGUAUAUAGUAAGGCAUAGAUUCAUUCCGUUAAGUCCGCCUCGGUUCUCUUAUUUCACAAUUACCAAUGGUAGAUAGCAUCUUCAUCCAAGCCCGUUUGUCUAGGUUGUC